AUGAGAGGAAGUGGACUUUGUUCACCAGGUUUACACGGAGGCGCUUGUUGCUCUCUUCAACAAACUGUAGGCUUCAUCUCUCAACAGAAAAAGCUUCAGAACUGUCUAUAAAGCGCGGCUGUGCUCAUAAGGAACAACUCAGCUGGAUUUAUCGGGGUGCCAAUAAUGUAGCUUUAGGGGUUGGGGACCAUUAGUUUUAGGUAAAUUAGUUAAUAGCGUCCAAAAAAAAAGCGGUAACAUCAAAGCGGAAGUAGAAAGUAUCCGCCGCUAAUCGAGAAUUUCUCUCUGGAUCUGCAAACCAGCUGCCAUUGACUCGAGCUGCCUGGACCUUCCUGCCAGCGUUUGUUUUUAUUCCUCCCUUGUCCUCUUUCAGUAAACCACACCGUCCCCUCGCCAUGUCUCUGGCCCUGAAGCAAGUCUUCAACAAAGACAGAACAUUCCGGCCCAAGCGCAAGUUCGAGCCAGGCACGCAGCGCUUCGAGCUGCACAAGAAGGCGCAGGCGUCGCUGAAUGCAGGUCUGGACCUGAAGCUGGCCGUGCAGCUGCCUCACGGCGAGGACCUGAGCGACUGGGUGGCCGUGCACGUGGUGGACUUCUUCAACCGCAUCAACCUGAUCUACGGCACCAUCAGCGAGUCGUGCACCGAGCAGACGUGCCCCGUCAUGUCCGGAGGGCCCAAGUACGAGUACCGCUGGCAGGACGAGCACAAGUACAAGAAGCCCACGGCGCUUUCUGCCCCGAAGUACAUGAGUCUGCUGAUGGACUGGAUCGAGGUACAGAUCAACAACGAGCAGAUCUUCCCCACUAAUGUUGGUACGCCCUUCCCUAAGAGCUUCAUGCAGGUGGCGAAGAAGAUCCUGUCGCGUCUGUUCCGUGUCUUUGUGCACGUCUACAUCCACCACUUCGACCGCGUCACUCAGAUGGGGGCAGAAGCGCACGUCAACACCUGUUACAAACAUUUCUACUACUUCGUCACUGAAUUCAACCUCAUAGACCACAAGGAGCUGGAACCACUGAAAGAGAUGACGUCACGGGUGUGUCACUGAACCGCCGCCUCGAGGCAGAACGUUCCGGAAAGGUCGGCGGAGCCGCACGUGCGCCCUAUUUCAACGAUUUAAAUAAACGAACCAAAGUUUUCAAAGACUCUAUUUUUAUACACUUUUAAAGUACUGUAAUAUUCUAUUUAGCGAGAAAUAUCCUUUUUAACAGCCCUAACUGCUCUCUCUUAAAUGUGUAGAAACUUUUUGUUUGUAGAACGCAGUAUUAGAAAUACUUUUUUCUUUUUUUUUCGAUUCCGAGUCAUUUCUGUCAUUGUAAUUGUUUGCUGUUAUUUUUUCCCUGUCUGAAGCAUACAGAUUAUAUUUGUUAAUAUUUAUGUAUGUGUUUGAGACAUUAAACAUUCUCUCCUUAACGUA